AUUCUUCUCCCUCCCCUUUGCUUUAAAUCUCUGCUCCAAAUUCUUCAUAUCACAUCCUCCCACACACACAAAGAUGAAUCCUUUACUUUCACCUCUUCUUUUCACACUGCUAAUGCUUUCAUCAGGGCCAAAAAUGUAUGAAUGUGCAAGAGUCUUCACCAUAGUAAACUACUGCAAGGAAACAAUCUGGCCUGGAGUCACCCCCGGUGACAACUUCAACGGAGGUGGUUUCGAAUUAAAAUCCGGCCAAUCCGUUGUUUUUCAAGCCCCAGUGGGGUGGAGUGGUCGAAUAUGGGGCCGAACCGGUUGCAAGUUCGACAAAAGCGGAACCGGUUCAUGCCAAACAGCCGAUUGCGGUAACACCCUUAAGUGCAAAGCCUCGGGGAAAACCCCGGCUUCGUUGGCUGAAUUUACGCUUUCUAACGUAGAUUACUACGAUGUGAGCCUGGUCGACGGAUUCAAUCUUCCGAUUGCUGUUAAACCGAUGAAUGGGCAAGGCAACUGCAGCAGUGCGGGUUGCGAUAAGGACCUGCGGCAAACUUGCCCCUCGGAGUUAGCCGUCAAGGGCGGAAACGGCAAGGUUAUUGGUUGCCGAAGCGCCUGCGAUGUGUUCAACACCGAUGAGUAUUGCUGCCGAGGGACUUAUGGGAACCCUGUGAUAUGUCAACCUACGUUUUAUUCCAAGAAGUUUAAAGAUGCUUGCCCCACUGCAUAUAGUUACGCAUAUGAUGAUCCAACCAGUAUUUUCACUUGUUCUGCUUCUGAUUAUGUUGUCACCUUCUGCUCAUCCAGGAAUCAAACGGUAUGUUCUUACCAUGACCACAAGCUUGUGUGCAACGCAGCAAAUGGCUUAAAUCCAUGGAUGGGAAGUUGGUGGACUGCAAUGCUUGCACUGUUAUUAAUGAUUAAUCUGAGGAUCUUUUUCUAAGAAAAAAUGGCUGUAAUUUGUAAUUGUAAAAUUACAAUUACAUUCUUUUAUUCUUUAAUAAUCAUUAUCUUUUCUUUUUCCUUUUCCAUGUUGACACUUUUUGUGAAUAUUACUGACGGAAAUGAAGAUAAAACUUAUGGGC